UAGCUUGACUGGCGUUGGGUCAGCAGCCAAACCGCGUUGAGCUUAAAAAGCUCUGCAGCUUUUACGCGACGAGAAAAGGCGAUUCAAGAUCCGUUUCCGCCGCUUCGAUUACGGGAGAAAAGUGGAGUUUGAUGGCGUCCGAUUCCCCGCUAUUUACUAACCACAUUUUACAAUCGCGUUGAUGGCGAUCUGCUUCAUAUAGUCUAUGACAUCUUCAUUCAUUCGGAUCGAUUCUGGCCGAUCUCGAUCAUCCAAUUCAACUAUAGAAUCUUUCAUUCAUUCAUCUCUGCGUCUCUGAAUUAAUUGCUUAAAAGCAAGCUCGUUUUUCGACGCACUCUUUCCGAUCUGGUCAAUACCAGAAUCGCAGCUGGAAGUACACUAAUAUUUUCACAUCUCUCUCCAUCUCGAUCAUCCAAUUCAACAAACAUGCAUUUCUUCAGCUCGUUACACUGAAAAUUCCUUUUCUGCAGUUACUUCUCAAUCCACUCUCGAAGCUGAGUUAUGUCUAUCAGAUAAGCCGUACAGCAUACGGAUUUGUUGUAUCCGUCGGAUCUGCUAACAGUUACGUAUUUCUCUCGUUCCUCAUUCGAUCAAAAGAUAUUUGGGAUAGAAAAUCUUUAGAAAAAGGAAUCUCCGUACAAAUCGGAUCCGUCGAUUGCUUUUCCCAUACGCUUAUACGGAUUCCUCGUCCACAGAGGGCAAAAGGCAUUGGUGGAGCCAUUCCUUGCUCGAUCUUGCGGCAACGGAUUUUCAGGGAAAUAACGGACGGAUGAUAUUCAGUUGCAGCAGAAUCCUAGUAGACACGAAAUCAAAAUCGCAGUCGUAGAAGAUCAGGUCUCAGAAGAUUUUGUUUCGGACGCUUCUCUUUUCCAGGAAGAAGAUAGAGUCGUAGAGGAUCAGAUUUUUCCGGAUUCUCUUCAUAUUAAGAGAAAAUCCAGAGGAUUCAAUUGAUCUAGUUUCUCACUAGCAAUGACGGGUGCAUUACAUCAACCAUCAUUGGUGCUUGGGUCCCGGGACCCAUCUUUGAAGAUCCGGCCGCACCAAGACAGAGUUUCAAUUUCCGUUCGAUCGUCAUCUUUCUUUGGUGAUAGAGCUUCAGCAGACCCUGCAAAGAGCAGAGUAUUGGGUGCGCGGUUGGAAAGACAUGGCGUUGGUGGCAGAAGAGAUGCUGGGGCGAAAAGCUUGAUAUUGAAUUCUGUCACUGCAGACGUCACCAACGAUUUCAUGACCUUGCAGGCACCAGUGCUUGCGAAACCAAAUGCAGACCCGAAAACAGUUGUCUCGGUCAUAUUAGGUGGAGGGGCUGGAACGCGACUUUUUCCUCUAACUCGGACAAGGGCAAAGCCAGCUGUACCGAUUGGGGGAGGCUAUAGGCUUAUUGAUGUUCCAAUGAGUAACUGCAUAAACAGUGGAAUUAACAAAAUUUUCAUUCUGACCCAGUUCAACUCUCAAUCUCUUAACCGUCAUCUUGCUCGAACCUAUCACUCUGGAAAUGGCAUUAACUUUGGAAAUGGCUUUGUUGAGGUAUUAGCAGCUACUCAGAGACAAGGUGAAUCUGGAAAGAAGUGGUUUCAGGGAACAGCUGAUGCUCUAAGACAAUUUGUAUGGCUCUUUGAGGAUGCGAAGAAUAGACAUAUAGAGAACAUUUUGAUUUUAUCUGGUGAUCAUCUCUAUAGAAUGGAUUAUAUGGACUUUGUACAGAAGCAUAUUAAUUCAGGUGCUGAUAUAUCUGUUUCUUGUGUCCCCAUGGAUGAUAGCCGUGCCUCUGAUUUUGGAUUGAUGAAGAUUGACGAAACAGGUCGGAUCCUCCAGUUUAGUGAAAAACCCAAGGGUAAAAGUCUGGAAUCCAUGCAAGUGGACACAACAGUUCUAGGAUUGUCUUCCGAGGAUGCAAAGAAAUUUCCAUAUAUUGCAUCAAUGGGGAUUUAUUUGUUCAAAAGAGAGCUUCUUCUAAAGCUUCUAAGAUGGCAAUAUCCAACAGCCAAUGAUUUUGGAUCAGAGAUCAUUCCAAUGGCUGCUGAAGAAUACAAUGUUCAGGCAUAUCUAUUUAAUGACUACUGGGAAGAUAUUGGAACCGUUAAGUCCUUUUUUGAUGCUAACUUGGCUCUCACAGAUCAGCCUCCCAAGUUUCAAUUUUAUGAUCCGCUGAAGCCAAUCUUCACGUCUCCUAGGUUUCUACCGCCAACGAAGAUAGAAAAAUGCCGGAUUUUGGACUCCAUAAUUUCACAUGGAUGCUUCUUAAGGGAAUGCAGUGUUGAACAUUCCAUAGUUGGGAUACGCUCAAGACUGGAGUAUGGGUCUGAACUGAAGGAUACAAUGAUGAUGGGUGCUGACUUCUAUCAAACUGAGGCAGAGAUAGCAUCCCUACUGGCCGAGGAGAAAGUUCCAGUUGGUGUCGGGAGAAACACUAAAAUUAGGAACUGUAUCAUCGAUAAGAAUGCAAAGAUCGGAAGGGAUGUGGUCAUUGCAAAUACGGAUAAUGUGAAGGAGGCUGAAAGACCAUCACAGGGCUUCUAUAUCCGCUCUGGGAUAACAGUGGUGUUGAAGAACUCCACCAUCGCUGAUGGAACUGUCAUCUAGGUAGAUCUUCUAGUCACGGUAGCAUGUCAGUACAUAAUCUGCAUGCUGUAGGACGGGAUAUAGAAUAGAGAAAGUCAGUAUUAGAGAGAAGGGCCAAUAGCUGUGGUUGAGUGUCUUCUGUACAGAACGGAUAAUAACUGUGGCAAGUUUCAUAUUGCAUGCGUGACAGAUUCUCGUGCAUGAACGGCAUCACUGUAAUCGGAUGCCGGUGAGAUGGAGAACCCCGCAUGUUUGGUGAUAGUUAUCUUGAUGCACUUCAACAAAUAUGACUGACCAUCCAUAAGCACGGCCAUGGUUACUCUAGACUUGCCAUACAAAUAUCUGAGAAUUUCAACUUUCAGUCGAUUUCCCUGAA